CGAAACUCAGUGAGAACUCCACAGGGUUGGAAGGAGUGAUAGACAAAAACAAAUCCAUUAGUUUACAUUAAUUAAGUUUAAUUUCACCUGUAAUCACAAUAGGAAGAUGUCGGGGCCAUCACAGCACAAGUAUCGUUACAAGAACCAGGGUCUAGACUCUGCAGAGAUGCGGCGGCGGAGAGAAGAAGAAGGUGUGCAACUAAGAAAACAAAAGCGAGAGCAGCAGUUAGCCAAGCGAAGAAAUGUCAAUGACCUUACACCAGGUCUUGGAGAGGAUGAAGCGGUAGAGGUUUCUAUGAACCAGGAGAGUAAUCAACAAGGUGGCGUGGUUGGUGGAAGCCUCAUCACUACAGAAAUGGUCCAAGCCCUCUACAGUGAUGAUGUGGAAGCCCAGCUGAAUGCCACACAAAAGUUCCGCAAACUGCUUUCUCGGGAGCCAAAUCCACCUAUUGAUGAAGUUAUCCAAACGGGCAUUGUUCCAAGAUUUGUUGAGUUUCUCCAAAGGGAUGGCCACUGUACUUUGCAG